CCUAGGCAUCCUGUUGAGCUGCAUGAUCGCCGAGAUGGCCAUCAUCUGGCUGAGCAUGCGCGGGGGCAUCCUCUACACAGAGCCCCGCGAAUCCAUGCAGUACGUGCUCUACGUGCGCCUGGGUAAGGGCCACCCGCCUCGGGUGGGGGCGGCUCCGGACCACCCCCACCUCCACCCUCCUCUCGCGCUCCGUCAUUCAUCCGGCCAACAUCUGGUGGGCACACGCGAUGGGCCAGGCCCUGGGCCAGCACCAGGGUCCAGCGGCGAGCCAGCAGGCUUACCGGGCUUACGUUCUGGACCAGGGGUGGGCGGACGGUGGCCUGAGGGCCACAUCCAGCCUGCCGUCUGUUUUUGUAAAUAGUUUUAUUGGAACCCAGCCACACUCAUUCGUUUACGUGCUCUCUCCCUAUGGCUGCUUUUGCAUGUCUCUAGCGGAGCUGAGUAGUCAUGACCGAGAAUAGGACCCACAAGUGUAAGAUACUUACUCUGGCCCUGACAGAAAAAGUUCUUUGGCCCCUGUUCUAGGCCAAGUGCGUCUCUUCAGCUGCUUUGAAGUCCUCCCCCAGGCAGCACUCCCCUUCCCCAGAAGCCUCUCCGGGGCCCAGAUUCGCUCCCUGGGGGGCCGGCCUGUGUUCUCUUUCUGGGCUUCGGUUCCAGCUGCUGUUCCCGGUCUUUCCUCGUGAACGCUUCUCGGGGGCUUCUGUGAACCGCGCUAAGCCCUUCCCCUUGCUAAGUGAGGGAGGAGCCAUUUUUGGUCUCAUUUUACAGAUGAGGAAUCUGGGGCCCCGGGGAGGUUAAUUAGCUCCCUUCAAGGUCACACGGCUAGUGUGUGUGUGUGUGUGUGUGUGUCAGAGCUGGGGUUUGAACCCAGGUUGUUUGUCUCCAAAGCCUGGAGUCUGAGCUGCCGCAGGUGCUGCCUGUGGAGCCGGGGUCUCUAACGCUGCCCCGCGUCCCCACACCCCCGGCCUGGGCAGCCACGCGGCCUGCUCGGGUUCCUCCUUCCUCCCUCCCUGAGUGCCGGAGCCGCCUCCUGGGGAAGUAGCAGUCUCUGUGAGUGAACCCUCUCCCAUCUAAUUCUCCACAGUCCUGUAACGCAGACGUCAUCACUCCAUUUUACAGAUGAGGAAACGGAGGCCCAGGGAAUUAGCCAUCCUGGUGAUCGAGUUCAUCUAUGCCAUCGUGGGCAUCGUCUGGCUCACUCAGUACUACACCUCCUGCAACGACCUCACUGCCAAGAACGUCACCCUCGGGAUGGUCGUCUGCAACUGGGUGGUCAUCCUCAGCGUCUGCAUCACCGUCCUCUGUGUCUUCGACCCCACGGGCCGCACCUUUGUCAAGCUAAGAGCCACCAAGAGGCGGCAGCGCAACCUCCGGACCUACAACCUCCGGCACCGCUUAGAGGAGGGUCAGGCCACCAGCUGGUCGCGCCGGCUCAAAGUGUUCCUCUGCUGCACUCGGACGAAGGACUCCCAGUCAGAUGCCUACUCGGAAAUCGCCUACCUCUUCGCCGAGUUUUUCCGAGACCUCGACAUCGUGCCGUCCGACAUCAUUGCGGGCCUGGUGCUGCUCCGGCAGCGGCAGCGGGCCAAGCGCAACGCGGUGCUGGACGAGGCGAACAAUGACAUUUUGGCCUUCCUGUCUGGGAUGCCAGUGACCAGAAACACCAAGUAUCUCGACCUCAAGAACUCGCAAGAGAUGCUCCGCUACAAAGAGGUCUGCUACUACAUGCUAUUCGCUCUGGCUGCCUACGGGUGGCCCAUGUACCUGAUGCGGAAGCCUGCCUGUGGCCUCUGCCAGCUGGCUCGGUCCUGCUCGUGCUGCCUGUGCCCUGCGCGGCCCCGCUUCGCCCCGGGAGUCACCAUCGAGGAAGACAACUGCUGUGGCUGCAACGCCAUUGCCAUCCGGCGCCACUUCCUGGACGAGAACAUGACCGCGGUGGAUAUCGUGUACACCUCCUGCCACGAUGCGGUCUACGAGACCCCCUUCUACGUGGCAGUGGACCAUGACAAGAAGAAGGUGGUGAUCAGUAUCCGGGGAACCCUUUCCCCUAAGGAUGCGCUGACAGACCUCACUGGUGACGCUGAGCGCCUCCCUGUGGAGGGGCACCACGGCACCUGGCUGGGACACAAGGGAAUGGUCCUGUCGGCUGAGUAUAUCAAGAAGAAGCUGGAGCAGGAGAUGGUCCUGUCCCAGGCCUUUGGGCGAGACCUGGGCCGCGGAACCAAACACUACGGCCUGAUUGUGGUGGGCCACUCCCUGGGUGCAGGCACGGCUGCCAUCCUCUCCUUCCUUCUGCGCCCCCAGUACCCUACCCUCAAGUGCUUUGCCUACUCCCCACCAGGGGGCCUGCUGAGCGAGGACGCCAUGGAAUACUCCAAGGAAUUUGUGACAGCUGUGGUUCUGGGCAAAGACCUUGUCCCCAGGAUCGGCCUCUCCCAGCUGGAAGGCUUCCGCAGACAGCUCCUGGAUGUCCUGCAGCGAAGCACGAAGCCUAAAUGGCGAAUUAUCGUGGGGGCCACCAAAUGUAUCCCCAAGUCGGAGCUGCCUGAGGAGGUGGAGGUGGCCACGCUGGCCAGCACGCGGCUCUGGACCCACCCCAGCGACCUGACCAUCGCCCUGUCAGCCAGCACCCCUCUUUACCCACCUGGCCGCAUCAUCCACGUGGUCCACAACCACCCAGCAGAGCAGUGCUGCUGCUGUGAGCAGGAGGAGCCCACAUACUUUGCCAUCUGGGGCGACAACAAGGCCUUCAAUGAGGUGAUCAUCUCGCCGGCCAUGCUGCAUGAGCACCUCCCCUAUGUGGUCAUGGAGGGGCUCAACAAGGUGCUGGAGAACUACAACAAGGGAAAGACGGCCCUGCUCUCUGCUGCUAAGGUCAUGGUGAGCCCCACUGAGGUGGACCUGACUCCCGAGCUGAUCUUCCAGCAGCAGCCGCUGCCCACAGGGCCACCCGUGCCCGCCGGCCUCGCCCUAGAGCUGCCCACCUCAGACCACCGAAAUAGCAGCGUCAGGAGCAAGUCCCAGUCCGAGGUGAGCCUGGAGGGCUUCUCCGAGGGGCGGCUGCUGUCUCCGGUGGCCGCGGCCGCAGCGGCCCGCCAGGACCCCGUGGAGCUGCUGCUGCUGUCCACCCAGGAGCGGCUGGCGGCGGAGCUGCAGGCCCGGCGGGCGCCGCUGGCCACCAUGGAGAGCCUCUCAGACACCGAGUCGCUGUACAGCUUCGACUCGCGCCGCUCGUCAGGCUUCCGCAGCAUCCGCGGCUCACCCAGCCUCCACGCCGUGCUGGAGCGCGACGAGGGCCACCUCUUCUACAUCGACCCUGCCAUCCCGGAGGAGAACCCGUCCCUGAGCUCGCGCACCGAGCUGCUGGCGGCCGACAGCCUGUCCAAGCACUCCCAGGACACGCAGCCCCUGGAGGCGGCCCUGGGCAGCGGGGGCGUCACCCCGGAGCGGCCCCCCAGCGCGGCGGCCAACGAGGAGGAGGAGGGGGGCGGCGGCGGCGACGGCGGCGGGGUGGCCCCGGGGGCCGAGCUCGCGCUGCACAACGGGCGCCUGGGGGACUCGCCCAGCCCUCAGGUGCUGGAGUUCGCCGAGUUCAUCGACAGCCUCUUCAACCUGGACAGUAAGAGCAGCUCUUUCCAGGACCUCUACUGCAUGGUGGUGCCCGAGAGCCCCACCAGCGACUACGCCGAGGGCCCCAAGUCUCCCAGCCAGCAAGAGAUCCUGCUCCGCGCCCAGUUCGAGCCCAACCUGGUGCCCAAGCCCCCGAGGCUGUUUGCCGGCUCGGCCGACCCCUCCUCGGGCAUCUCACUCUCGCCCUCUUUCCCGCUCAGCUCCUCGGGGGAGCCCAUGGACCUGUCGCCCACGGGUCUCAGCAGCCAGGAGUGCCUGGCAGUGGACAAGAUCCGGACUUCUACCCCCACCGGCCGAGGGGCCAGCCCCGCCAAGCAGGACGACCUGGUCAUCUCGGCUCGCUAGCACCCCAGGCGUGGCUGCCGGCUGAGGCCCAGGCCAGAGUAGGUGGCCACCCCCCGGGCUCCUGGUGGCUGCCCCCAGAGCCAGGCCGCUUUGAGGAGAGGCCCCCAGGGGCCGGUUUAGCCUCAGGCACGGGGCACUGCUGCUGAGCUGGGGGUCCACGUCCCUACCUCAGCUUAGGACCACCAGGCGGCUGGGAUCUGGGUCCUCCAGAUUGGGGAGGGGUGUGAUGCAGGGGGGAGCCUGGGGCAGCCGGCCCGGUGGGCAGGGCAGCGCUCUGCCCUCUCGGCCUGCCUGUCCCCCACAGGGCAUCCCGGCACCCCCUAUUCCAGGACCGGCAGUGGGCAUGCUGACUCCCCAUCACUGCCCUCUGGCUGCUCUCCCAGGGCCCAGAUGGAGAGCAGCCCUCUCCCCACAUAUUCACGUCUGUGGUCCAGGCUGGCAUCUGCCCUGGCCACCCCCCAGAUCUGGUGCCUGCUGGCCAGCCCCCUGGGGUGACCCCACACCAAGGUGGCCCGCAGUGCUGUGUAUGUUUACAGAAGCCGCUGGGCUGGGCUCGGGAUGUUUCCUGGGCUUGCAAGCCCCCCUCUCCCCCAUCGUGUGUUCUGAGCAGGGAAAGGAGGAAGGCCAGGCUCCACAGAGCCCAAGGCAGCCAUGGAGCCUGGAGGGGCCUGGAGGGGCCUGGAGGAGGGUGGGAUCAAGACUGCCGCUUCUCUGCUCCGUGCCCCUCAUGCCGAUCCCUCUGGCAGUGGGUCCUGGGCACCCUGGCCUGCCCUGUCUGCCCAUUAGUUCCUGGCUUGCCUUCUACCCCCAGGGAUCCUGGCCACUCAAAGGGUGGAGGGCACAGGUGUGACCACCCCUGGCUGCAGAGUCAGUGCCCUGGGAAGAAGGAGGGCACCCAAAUCCCCCUUCCUUUGAGGGCUCCGUGUAGCCCCUUUAUAUCACCUUGCCCCCACGCCUAGGCAGCCUCGGGCCCUGGGAUCUGAAACCAGACAUGCCUCCACACACCCCCCAGCCCCCCUCUUCACUGGCCUGAGCUCCUUCCUGGCAGCGGGGUUUUCUUCCCUACUCCCUGCCCCACCCCCCCCCCAUCAAUGUCCUGUCGGCAGGAAGCAAGGCCAAGAGCAGGGUAUUGUGGGACCCGACUAAAGGAGGUGCAGGAGGGCCAGGGGCUCUGGGGCUGUCCUGGGUUACUGGAGGCCUCCCCAGCCCACACCUGAGGGGGGUUCCUUCCCUGCUGGGUUGGGGAACCACAGGGAGGUGGAGGCCGGCCUUUCCCCAGAAGCCCAGUGGGGGAAGGUCCGAGCUGGCAUGGCGCGUGUGUGCAUGUGCAUGAAGUGUGUGGCGCUCCUGAGGAAGGGGCUGCUGGGGCCCCCGCCCCACCCUACCUGCCCUGCCACUUUCCCAGCCUGCCAAGAACACAGCCAGUGACUGCGAUGGGGGCCCGUGCCCCGGGCGGCGGGGGGGGGGGGGGGGGGGGGGGGUGCGGCGCACAGGACGGGCUCGGUCUCAGAUGUGUCCUACCUGCUGCUCUGAUCCCCGGUUUGGAAAACUGAUGUGUGCCCAGACGCUGACUGCCCGCUUGUGCCUUCGUCUCCUCGGAGGCAUACUCCCCCACUCUGGCCCCCCACGGCCUCUCUGGGGCUGCUAGACGCACUCCCCUGACCAAGACCCCCCACCCCACACCCUCAUCUCAUGAUGACUCGUAUCUGGGGCCUGCGUCCUGACCCUGGUCCCACACAGAGCUGGGACUGGCCUGGACACUGCCCUAGGACCCCUGCCCACCCUGACGGAUGGAAACAGAGACCUGGGAGCUGGGCCUCCCUCCCUCUCUGACGCCCACCCUCUCCCAAGACUCCAGGACACUCCCCCACCUCCCCACCCCCCGCUGCAGGCCCGCUGCUGGCAUAGCCUGGGCCCAGCGCAGAAACAAAAUGGAAUCAGUAGCUCUUAGAGUUUAAAAAAAACAACAACAAAAAAACAAAUCGUAAAUCAGAGUAAAGUUCCAACAAGCACCUCAGCCAAUUGCAGGGAGAGACUUGGUGUCUGGCCUUUUAAUUCCUCCUCUGCCAGGGUGGCCCUGGGACCUCUAAGGGGGCGUGGUCUCCACCCACGCCCAGGACUGAGCCAUCAGGGACAGACCCCCCACCCCCAAGCCCGCAGCCACACAAAGGUUGCAGACUUGGGGCUGGGGCAGGCUCGGACUCAGCCCUGGAGGCCCCAGGGUCAGCCCACCCCGAACCCGCCCCCUCCCCACCGCACCCCUGCAGGAUGGGCCUGCUGCACAUCUCUCCCCUCCUCCCGACACCGCACUUGGGGGGUCUGAGCCACCCCCCUCAGCCCAGCUAGGCUCAGACCCACUCCCCCUCUGUCCCCCAGACUGCAGCACAAGCUUUCCCAGCCUCGAGCGGGCCUGUCCUCCCAGGGGCCUGGGUGACCUCCAUAUGCAAUCGGUAGCGAGCAGCUGGGCCCCACAGACACUCAGGCACUGUACGUGCCAUCCCCCCAUGACUUUUUGUACUUACUGUAUGAAAGAUCCAAACUAAUAUUGCUGUAAAAAGGAGAGACAAAUUAAUAUAGCUUAUUCUAUAAAUA